AUGACCGCCAUCAUACUUUCCAAAAUUGCAGUGAUGUUCCUGAUCGUUGCUUCCCCAGCUCUGGCCAUUGUAAGACAUGUACACGGCAUCGCCAUCAACAUCCGGUGCCUUGAUUCCAAACGUCAUUGGCAAUCUACUUCCAAACUGUUUAGUUUGCCCACUAGGUAUACCGGCAAGUUCAUAGUCCCCAACAACUUCUUGGUCUCCGUCAAACAACUCGACGUCGAAGCGAUAGACCGAUGUGUCGAUGCCCUCUCCUUGAUUCUUCUGGUACUGCCGAAUGUGUACGCCGCACCAGCCACCGUGGUAGGAAGCGCAGUUGGAUUUGGAGACGUCUUUGGAGCUUACACACUCCAUGCGCUCUUUAUACGGUGGCUUGAGGCCACAAACUUCACCGAGACAAUUGUCUGUAUCCACGAAAUUCAGACAGCAUUUGUCCGGGAUAAUGCUGCGGCAAGCAAAAGUGAUAUGGAUCACGACUCCAUGUGUAUGAACUGGGUCUGCAUCUCCGACGAGCGUUGCACCAAGGGUGGUGGCAACGUCAUUGGCGGUGCGACGCUGGGCUCGUUGAGAGGUCAAUUGAAAGCCGCUGCUACUGAAUUCUACCUUCUCGCACUACAUCAACCCUGCGGACGGGUUUUCUGGUCCCAAGUCGUGCUCCCGCUUGGAUUUGGUAAUGUCGGCAAACGAGAGUUCACUAGUGAGGAGGCACUCCCCGAGGUCGGAAUGGCAGUCAACCCUGGCGACAUUGGGGUGCUUAGCAAACGCAGCCUUUGGAUCGCGCCGAAUGUAGGAUCCAUGUGGGGUCUCAAGCCAGCGAGUAUAGAGCUGGAAGCUUGGGUGGGCUUCAUGAGCAGAGAACUCUCCCGCGAUGAUGUCUCGAAUGGGGAUUGA